UACGGAAAGCGAUGAUUGGUCGGCAGGAUGAGUCUGGAGCAUGCGCAGGGACAAGAGACAAACGUCAGACUCGCUGUCCCAGAAUGUCUCGCGGUUGGGGCCAUGCUCGCUGCUGUGGGCCGCUUGGGCCGCUCGGUCAGGCCUCCGGCCCCGGCUCCUUCUUUGCCGCUAUUGCUACCGCCCGCACGAGGCCGUAAGAGCCGCCAUGACCCGCCCGCCAAGUCCAAGAUCGGGCGCUUGCGAACUCCGACCCCCGUAGAUCCCGUCGAGAUGUAUAUAGUAACGGAGCGCUACAAGAGUUACCGACAGAUUGUGCGCGCGCUCAGGAUCUCCAGGUUUCAGCGGCAAGACUUUGCCUCAUGCAUAUUUGACAAGCACACCAUCCAAGCCUUCAUCCUGACUUUGGAUUUUUAA